AUGGCAGCAGCUCAGCUUUCAACCUCAGGCAGUAGUGCACCUACUAGGCUACCUACAACAAAUCAGGAGGUGCAGGAGUAUGAGAAAAUCCUGAAAAUAAGUGACGAAAUAUUUUCUGGAACUCACCCUAGAUUGAAGGUUCCGCAGCAGUUUGUGCGCAAGACGGCUUCGCGCAAUCCCCCUGCCUCUUCUACUCCAUCUCGGGUAAAGCCAGGAGGUUCGCAGAAGGCUUCCCCCAAGAAUCAGGUCCCGACCGCCCCUUCCAAUGCUAAACCGGUCAACUCACAGAGUGGUGGCGCUGGGGGGGCUCCGGCGGGUGUGACGGGGGCGUCGCGUAUUAUCCCCAAUCCUACCUCGGAAAUUGAUCCGAUCUUCUUGACCAAGUCGGACGAUCUCGUGCGAGCUGAGCUACAGCUACAGCGUCAAAGGGUGGAACGAGCGUUGCGGGAGCAGCUGGAGCAAAAAAGGCAGGAGUCAAGGCAGAAGGCUGCUCUACAGGACGCGAAGCCGGACUUCGACGUUUCUGAUGUGCUCGUCAAGGCCUUCGAGAUGGUCAACCCAUCUCCCUCGGUCGACGGCCAUGGCAAUGGAGAGCCCAGCGAUUCCUUCGACGACAACUCGUUCUAUUCUAGUAGAGCUCCUGACUCGCCUCAGCAGGGUGAACCGCAGAAACCAUCUCCAGCACCUCAAUCCAACUCUGAGGAGCUGGCUACUGAGGUCCCAGUAGAGAACUAUUCAGAUGAGUUGCAACGGCUUGAGGCCCUCAACAGAACUGGAUCGGAUCAGGAUAUGCAAGAUACUUACCCCGUGGCAGGCCAUCGAUUACCCUAUGAUCAAAGGCAGCCGCACUAUGGCGAGGUCGACUACGCAUCCCGCAAAUACCCGAACCACAAUCAACCAUCUGACGCGUUCGAAGAACCGGAGUACUCGCCGCCUGCGCCCGGAGUCGCGCCCAUGGAGAGGGAAGACAAUUACGAGGCUCAAAGGGAAUACGCGGGCGGAACCAAACGACGUGCGCCGGAAGGUCGACCGGUUGAACGAGCCCGCUACGCUCGACGAUCGGUCUCGCCUGGCGAUGAGGUCCGAGUCGUGCGGAAUCACAUCACUUCGCCUGCCGCUCCACAACCAUCUAGGGUCUCUCCAUUGGCGAUUACCAAGGUGUCCUCGGUCCCACAGUCGCGUUCAGAAUAUGCUCCGGAGCGUCGCGCCAGUCCUGACGUACCUGCCUAUCCUUUGACGUCUAGAAAGCGUAGGAGACUGCAUGAGGAUCGAGAUCGGUCUCGUCCGUCGUAUAAGGCGCAAGUCCCCGCGGUUGCCGAUGAGGCAUACAUCAAGGAAGAACCCGUAUCGCCUCCACCUUUUGCAGAUACCCCACAGACCUACAGAAGCCGCCAACUUCAAGAGCGACCGGUGUACAUAGACAUUGCCUCGCCACAGUAUCCUCCCGUGAUAGAGAGAAGGGAGCCGCCUAUGAGAGAGCCAGGGUACGAGUAUGAAAUCUAUGAUGCUCACGCAGAUCCUGGCGCUCAGAGGACCGUCUCCAGACUCAGUGUCAGACGCCCGAUGCGCGACGAUCAAGAUCUUCGACGAGUUGCCAGUCUCCAGCAUCAAGCUCGGCAACCUGAAUAUGCCCGCGAGUAUAUUGACCAAGCUAGCCCCCAUUCUCUGCGCACAGGAUCCUACGCUAUCGUGGAACGUCCGGCACCGGAACGAGUUCGCUAUUAUGACGAGCUGCCCCCGCCGCCUGCACGCCGCUACAUCCCUGCUGGAGAGUCACCGAUGUCUCCUCGACUCCGUGAAGCUUACUACGAGGAGGAGGCCACGGGUCAGAUGAUGGCGCCACCUCCGCGACGGAUCAUGGUCGAUGAACACGGCAAUCAGUAUUACCUUCCCGUCAGCCGAGCCCCGCGCGGUGAGGUUUACGAUGACCGUGCGGUCACUCUACGCCAUGCGAGCCUGCGGGCGGCGUCCGUCGUUGAAGACCCUCUUGGCGGUCGGAGGUACGUACAGGACAUGCCCCCUCCGCCGGCUUAUCGACGCAUCACCGAGUAUGCUCGCCCGGUCCCAACUGAACGCCGACCUUAUGCGGGCGCCAUUCCCGCGACCGUUGCCGCCGGCCCGGAUGACCGAAAUGUCUAUCCACCACGUAGCGCCAGCGUCCAAGUGUCCGAAUACGCCACCCGCCGACCUCCACAUUACCUUGAAGAGGCUGAACUGCCCCGCGAGCGAAUCGUACGGAUGCCGAGCGUGCGUCCCCCAACAGGACGGUAUGAGGAGCCACGCGAGGUCAUCCAACGAGUGGAAAGUGCUCGUCCCGGCGGAGCGCGCGACGUGAGUGUGUAUCUGGACGACGGGACCCGGCAGCCGCGCGAGUACGUGGAGCGGCCUAUGUAUGUUGCGACGCGGCCUCUGGCGCGCGAGGAGCCUGUCCGCUAUUACGAGGGAAGCGUUGCGGCGAAUCCGGAGCGCGUCGUAUUAGAAGGAGCACCGCGAGGGGAUGGGUUAGAGAUUCGACCCGCCCUUGUCAUGCACAAGAUCUCCAAUUUUACGGGUCAGGCCCGUCAUGGCUGGGAGCGAAUGACACCCACUUUCGGCAUGUCUCGACCGCACACCGAUAUGAGCUCCCACUCCCUUCGUCGACCGCACGGCGCACCUCCGAUGACUCCGCCCACCGGCAUUGAUCCCACCGUCAACCUCUCCUUCAAUGUCCCGUUUUCCUCCACCCUGGCCGGUCCCGAUGCCGACGAUGUCUUGCACGCGAGUCCUGGUGCCCUCCAGCGCUGGUCCUUCCCCGAGGGCACCCCGGAAGGAACCCCCGUCCACCAGCUUCCCGUCCAUGCCAGCAAUGUUGAGGCUCUGCGGAGGUUAUGUCGCCAGAUCACCGAGAGCAGUAACGGCCGAGUAGAGGCUGUUGUCACGUCUUCCGAGCCCAAAACAGUCCCCUCACUACAACGACGACCCCAAGGAUUGGCGACGAAUGUCUGUAUCACCGGCGAUGGAGAGACUGUGCGCAAGAUGCGGGCAAGGGUCUUGAAUGAGACUCCAAUCUUGCUGCGUUGUGCGACCGUGGAUGUUGAUGUCCAUCUUAUUAUCGACGGGUCGACCAAGAAUAUCCGUUCCAGUGUUUUGGAGCAUCUCGAUACCCUGGCUGCUUACACUGGCACCGAUAUCUUCCUCCUCAACCCCAAGAUUCGCGACAACGAUAGUGCUGUGAUCUCUUCUUAUGGGUAUGCGUCGGACAAUGGGCUGGACCAGCGGUUCCGGGUUUCCAUCUACGGUGACAUGGAGAGCGCGGAGCAUGCCAAGACUCGCGUGUUGAUCAUGAUCGAUCAAAUUCUCAAACGUCACGUGGAUGCCAUGAAGCUGGAGCUCACAAUGCACACUUUGGUCUGCGGUCGGACUCGCAAGAACAUCAAGUUGAUCGAGGCGGCAACCGGAACGGCCAUCUACUUCCCCCCACCUUUCCCGCGCAUUUUCGGAUACACGCCUCCCGGUGCCCACCGUCGCAGUGAGGAUGAGGUUUACAUUACGGGUGACACUCAAGAGCAGAUUGCUCGCGCCAAGCAGAAGUUGCGGGAGCUGGUAAUGGGGGUCAAGAUCUACGUGAAGGAUGUCAUCGUCAACUCGAACAAAAUUGACAACAUCCUGCUUGAUCGCCUCGACAAAGUCCGGAAGGUGAUGGAGAUGAACGGAUCUUACGUUCACUUUCCCCAGCUGGGAAUCCAGCGGGGUGUGGCCGGUCAGUUCUACAGCGCUUCGUGGUGGAUUAUCAUGCCCGACCCGUCCCAAGGUGGAAUCCGUGCCCCAUCCGCCGCCGACGUCCGUACCAUGCUGUCCGACAUCUGCAGCAAUUCGGGUGCUGAAGUCAGCUUUGACAAUUUGACUUUCACCAUCAAUGGAUCCGAUGACGCUGUCAAGGCAGCGAUGAUGGUGAUCAACCAAAUCCCGUUUGUCCAGCGGAGCCAGUACCAGAUGCGCGUCAAGAUCGAACUCGCGAAUGAGCACAAAGAGUUCGUCAGUGGCAAGAAAAACGGCAAGAUCAACAAGAUCAUGGGACAGAGCAAUGUGCAAAUCAUUUUCGAUGGUUUCAACGAGUACAACUUCUACAUCGACGUGUGCGGUAAUCAGUACGAAUCCACCAAGAAUGGCCUAGAUCUUGUUGAACAGGAGAUGCCCGCUUCGAUCUCCUUCCAUGUGCCCGAUCAAUACCACAAGCGAAUCAUCGGAAUCGGUGGGCAGCAUAUCCAGCGCAUCAUGAAGAAAUACUCGGUUUUCGUCAAAUUCUCGAACGCCAUGGACCGCGGCGGAAUGGGCAAAGAAGACGAUGAUAUCAAGGUUGAUAACGUCAUCUGCCGGACUCCUGCACGCAAUGCCCAGAGUCUCGAUCUGGUGAAGCAGGAGAUCAUGGACAUGGUCGAGAAAGUCGAUGCCGAGUAUGUCUCGGAACGAGUGGUCAUCAACCGCCUGUAUCACCGUGAAUUGCUCGCCCGCAUCUCUGAAAUCGACGAACUUGAGAAGAAGUGGAACUGCAAGAUCGAAUUCCCUAGCACCGAGCUUGCUAGUGAUGUCGUGAACAUCUCUGGACCGGAGUACCAGGUUCCGCAGGCGGUUGACGCCUUGUUGGGAAUGGUCCCCGAGAGUCACGAACUCCUCUUCCAAAGCUCUGCAGAAUUACGAGAUUUCUUCAAGUCCCCCGACUUCCGUGAAGAUGUCUGCGCUAAGUUGAAGGAACAAUACGAGGUUGACACCAACGAUGCGAUCGAUUUUUUGAUCUCGCGCCUUGUGGCUCACGGACUUGACGCGACGACAGUCAAGGGCGCCAUCCCGCGACCCAAGUCCGACUCGUUCGAAGAGUCCUUGCCUUUCUUCGACUCCAAAUUGUUGCAGCAUGCUCCUGCCCCCCUCGUCACCGACUCUCCUACCCGACCCAACUUCUCCGAUGAAACCAGCGAGCGCGGGUCCAUUUUUGAGCGACUGCGCAAGCCUGGUAGUAUCUCUUCCUUCUCCUCGUUUAUUGGUCGCAAGAACCACUCGGCUUCUCCAGGAUCUUUCUUUAAGCAUGCGUCCAGCAAUGCGUCGAAGGCAUCCUUGGUUUCGAUGGAGUCCCGCGACAGUGGCUAUCGCAACCCAUGGAACGAUUCCGGCGUGAACCUUGCCGAGGACGACCUGCCGGUCCUCGGAAGCUCUCACAGCCACAGCAGCAGCAAUGGCUGGCCCGCGCGCUUUGACACGAAAUUUCCAUUCGGUACCGCGCCGGGGGACAUGACACCCAAGCAUGACCCGCGCGCCUCUUUUGACAGUGGUCGUCCUAGUACUUCCAAUUCUACUUCUGGAUACCCGGCCCCAAUCGGGCCACCGCGUUAA